UUCAAAAAAGAAAGAAAGAAUUAUUGGUUCUUGAAGAUGAUUCCCACCCCAUGUGGACAACUAUUAAAACAUUUUCCUCCAAAUCAUCACAGAAGUAUUGCAGGUGCUUCAACCUUAAACCAGCAGUCCCAGAGCCUUUCAAUGGAAGAUUGUACCCAAACCUCAAAAUGGAAAUAUCAAGUUUUCUUGAGUUUUAGGGGAGAAGACACUCGCUUAGGUUUCACCGAUCACUUAUAUGCAGCCUUGGUCCGCAAGAGUAUAAUAACUUUCAGAGAUGAUGAAGAACUUGACAGAGGUGAAGUCAUCUCACAAAAACUCCUGCAUGCAAUUGAGGAGUCUCUUUCAGCAAUUGUCAUAAUCUCCAAAAACUAUGCUUCUUCAACUUGGUGUUUGGAUGAGUUACUUAAAAUUCUUGAAUCCAAACACUUGUUGGGACAACAAGUAUUUCCGAUCUUCUAUGGUGUGGAUCCCUCUGAUGUACGGAAUCAGAGGGGAAGUUUUGCAGAAGCUUUUAAGAAACAUGAAGAAAAAGUUACAGAAAACAAAGAGAAGUUGCAAAAGUGGAGAGAUGCGUUAAGAGAAGUAGCCAACUUGUCAGGGUGGGACUCUAAGGAUCAACAUGAAACUGAACUCAUUGAAGAAGUUGUUGCACAAGUAUGGAAAAAACUAGAACUCAAAUUCCCAACAUAUAAUGAUGGACUUGUUGCAAUUGACACUAGAUUAAAAGAUUUAUAUUCAAUUUUGAAGCUAGGAUCAGAGGAUGUUCGUUUCAUAGGGAUAUGGGGCAUGGGUGGGAUAGGUAAAACAACUCUUGCUACUGCUUUCUUCAAGAAAAUCAGAAGCCAUUUUGAUGUUAGUUGCUUUAUUUCCAAUGUUAGAGAGGCCUCUGGGGAGAGAGACCAAGGACUGCUACAGUUGCAAAAUAAAAUUCUUUCUCAUCUUAACAUAAAAGGUAUGGUCAUUGAAACUUUAAGCGAAGGAAAGGACAGCUUAAGAAACCUUUUGUCGAACAAAAAAGUUCUACUUGUCCUUGAUGAUGUAUGUUCUAAAACCCAACUUGAGAAUUUGGCUGGAAACCAAGAAUGGUUUGGUCAAGGGAGUAGAAUUAUUGUCACAACUAGGGAUAAGCACCUGCUGAUAUCACAUGCAGUAUUGUUUGAAAUUUAUGAGAGUAAAAUCUUAAAUAAAAGUGAAUCCUUUCUACUCUUUUGUGAAAAGGCAUUCAAAAUAAAUGAACCUAAAGACGAUUAUCUGAAGUUGUCUCACAGUGUAGUGGAAUAUGCUGGAGGUCUUCCCUUGGCCCUUGAGGUGUUGGGUUCUUUUCUUUGUGGAAGAAGUUUAUCGGAUUGGGAAGAUGCAUUGAUCAAGAUUAAGAAAGUUCCACAUGAUGAUAUCCUAAACAAACUAAGAAUAAGCUAUGACAUGUUAGAAGAUGAGCACAAGACCCUUUUUCUAGAUAUUGCCUGUUUUUUUAAGGGAUGGUACAAACAUAAAGUGAUACAAUUAUUGGGCAGUUGCGGCCUUCAUCCAACAGUUGGAAUAAAUGUUCUUAUAGAAAAGUCUCUUCUAACUUUUGAUGGAAGAGUUAUUGGAAUGCACGAUCUGCUUGAAGAAAUGGGUAAAACUGAAGUUUUUCUUGAAUCUCCUAAUGAUCCCGGUAGACGGAGUAGAUUGUGGUCUCUAGAAGAUAUUGAUCAAGUGCUGAGAAAGAAUAAGGGAUCUGAAAUUGUUCAAGGUAUAGUCUUGAAGUCAUCACCGUCUAAGCUUUACGAAGCACAUUGGGACCCUGAGGCCUUCUCAAAGAUUUAUAAUCUUAGAUUACUUGUUGUAUUGUGUGAUAUGCAUCUUCCUCUAGGUCUGAAAUGUCUUCCUAGCUCUCUGAAAGUUCUUAUAUGGUGGGGAUAUCCAUUGAAUACUCUACCACUUGAAGUUCAACUAGAUGAGCUCGUUCACAUACAAAUGAUCAAUAGUAAAGUUAAACAGCUUUGGAAUGGAACUCAGUAUUUUGGAAAGCUGAAAGUAAUUGAUUUAAGUAAUUCCAAGGAUCUACGCCAAACUCCAAAUAUCUCUGGAGUUCCUUACCUUGAAGAGUUGCAUCUUAAUCAUUGUACAAAACUUGAUAAAGUUCACCAAUCCAUCGGACAACACAAAAAGCUCAUGAUAUUAAACUUGAUGGGUUGUGUAAAUCUAAAAGCCCUACCAAGAAAGUUGGAAAUGUGUUCCCUGAAAAUGUUCCUUCUUUCUGACUGCCGAAACGUUGAAAGACUUCCUGAUUUUGGAGCAAACAUGAAAUCUGUCUCAGUGCUUAAUUUAAUGAAUUGCACAAAACUUUUAUGCCUUCCGAACAGCAUUAGUAACCUGAAGUCUCUUAGAAUUCUCAACAUAUCAGGAUGUAUAAAAGUUUGUUGCCUGCCAGAUAAUCUAAAUCGAAACAAGGCUUUGGAGGAUCUUGACUUGAGUAGAACUGCUGUUAGAGAAUUGUAUCCAUCCCUACUUCAGUUGGGGAAUCUUAAAAAGUUAUCUUUCAAGGGAUGCAGUGAGCCAGAAUCUAACUCCAGCUGGGAGUUGCAUCUUCCUUUUGGGCUUAAGUUCAGGUUUUCCUCCAAUUUCGGGUUUUCCCCUGCUCUCACAGGCUUAAAAUUUCCUCCUUCUAUCUCAGGUCUUUCCUCAUUAACUGCUUUGGAUUUAAGUUAUUGCAAUCUCACUGAUUCUUCAAUUCCUCCUGAUAUCGAUUGCUUGUCGUCUUUGGAGAGACUAAUACUAAGUGGGAACAAUUUUAGACGCCUACCUCUCUACUUUGCUAAUCUUUCAAAGCUUCAAUAUCUCGAAUUGGAAGAUUGCCGACAACUUAUAUCCUUACCUGAGCUUCCAACACAUGUACGCUUGUAUGUAUCAGAUUCAGAUGCAAAGAAGCCUAAUUUAUUAGAUCCUGGAAAGAUAUGGAAGUUUUUUGAGUCAAGUGACCACGAGCUCUUUCAGUCACCUGUAUCUCGGAUGCUUGAUUGGCCAUGGACCAAUCCUAUGUACGUGGAAGUCCCACCGUUAACUGACAGUAAGAAUUUUUUUCCCAUGGAGUCAUCAUAUGUGUCAAAACUUGAUACAUUUGUAUCAGUAACGGUAGGCAUCCCUGAUGAUUGUCAUUCAAGUGAUUGGUGGGGAGUUUCUGUUUUGGUGGCCUUAGAUGCUGGAGCUACGGAUGAAGAUCCUGUGGCGAAACAAAUGCGCUUUUACUGGAUCUUUGACUCACUAGAACCUGAAGAUGACCCUUCAUUAUCUCUGGCCUCAGGUUCAACAGCAAAUAAUGACCUGUACCUUUUCACAAUGGUAGUGAGUGGUGACUUUAUAUACAUUCGACAUCACCUAAGAGGGGACCAAAAGUGGAAACAACAAUUAUUUAGCAAGCAUCGAAAGCCAGAGUUGAAAGAAAACAGUUUGGUGCGUUUCAAAGUUCAAGUGGGAGGGUGCAAGAUAAGGAAGUGUGUGUGGCGUGUGUUGCGUGAGGAAGAUUUUGGUAAAGACUUGCAAAAGGUGAAUAGCAGCAGUCAAUCUUAUACGACUCGUUCCCGGGGUCUGAGCAAACCAACCGUGGGUGAAUUCCAGGGACAGGAUGUAACUUCUUCGGACAAGCGGAAUAUUGAAAGAUCCAAUGACAACAACUUGAUGGUGAACAAAGGCCAACCUGUUGAGACUUGUUCUGAUUCUGAGCAUUCCGAUGGUCUGAACAAACCAACUAUAGGUGAAUUUAAGGGUGAGGAUGUUAUUGCUUUGGAUGAGCGGAACAUUGAAAGAUCUGAUGCCAACAACAAUUCGAAGGGGAAAUUGUUUCACAAUAUUAGACAAGGACUUGGUUUAAGCAUGCUAGCUUUGAUGGUAGGGACUGCAGUGUUCCUUUUUCCUAGGCAGGGAUUCCACUUCAAACAGCACAUUGCAACAAAUGAGGACACUGCUAAACUAUCAAAAUCACGCUGGGCUUCGCAUGGAACUGCAUUUAAGGUCAAUAAACCUCAAUUGCAACAAAUUCAUAACAAAUAUGGAGGCAAGCGAUUUUCUCUCUUAGUAUACCAGCCACCAAGGACAUUGUGUUUCUCUCGUAAUUACUUUUCCUCUUACUUAACUAGACGCGGAACAUUCUGCUCUUUAUAGUUUCUUUAUUUUUCAUAUGCUUCAUUUAUUUAAUUGUAAUGGGAACUUAUAGGGAAGCUGACGUAGAUUAUUGUUUAGGUAAAAACAUGUUAAUAUUUAAUAUAUAGUUUGACAGUAGUAUAAUCUUUAAACUA